CAUCUCGUAGUACACAAAAAAUCUGUUGCACGCCGACUCUAGAAAUAGAAGAACAGAGCGAUAAUCCAGGGAGGCAAUCUAGCUUGAACGGCUUGCUGAAACUAGGAUUGUGUCGAUCGGUCGUGUCCUACUUGAAAAAUCAAGGACAGCGCGUAAACAAAUGCUAUGAACAAUCACAAUAAUCCCAACACGAUGAAUGAUGGGGGAGGACUGAUGCCUCUACCAUCGCAACCACCGAACCAUCCGGGUGCUUCGAUUCCCCACCAGAAUCAAGCAGUGUACGGACAAUAUGCCCUCGAGCAGCAGCCACAGCAGCGAGCGCAACAAUAUUCGCAGCAAACGCAGCAGCCAAGGCAGGUUCUUCAACAAAAUCACCAGCAAGUACAGCAGACAAUUCUAGGAAGCGAAGGUGUUGUGAUGAGGGAACAGCAACAGAUUACACAGGGUGCUCCAUUGGCCAAUUCCCCCAAUCCCAAUGCGAAUCUGAACGGAGCUAUUGCGAAUCCAGGUCAUUUCCAGCAGCAGCAGCAGCAGCAACAACAACAGCAACCACAGCCACAGGAGCAGACAGCCACUGAAGCCGUCCAGGAAAAGUUUAAGGGUUUGAUGAAAAAAGCCAAAGACAACCUUCCAAACUCCAACAAGAAACCAUUGGGACCCAACCUAGGGUUUAAACCAACCGCGGCAAUGGCCCAGCGACACGAAGACGCCUUGGUCAGUGGCAAAAGACCGCUCUAUCAAUUUCAGGUAUGUAUACUUCGUCUUCUUGGCGGAUUCAACUGCUUUCGACUCGUUGUAUCGUAUCCGUGGCCGAUGAAUUGCGUCGCUAAUGAUUCAUUGUUUGCCGAUUGAAAUGGUAUAGAUAACGAAACUUCGAACCUGGAGAACGGGGUACACCCGUUUGCUGUGUUUGUACGACGACCAUUUCUCGACGGUCGACCCAGAUAGCCAUCAGGUCACCAACACCUGGAACUACGGACAGCUGACGGAUUUCAUAGCGGUUGAAAAGGAUCAGUUUUUGCUGCAGGUCACGUCGGACAAACUAAAAUUUCAGUGCCAUCACGUCGAUCGUUCCAUGGCCCUUUCGGCCCUGUUGCAAUGCAAAGACGAACACGACAAUAACCCCGAAAAAAGCGGCAGCGUCGCUCCUGGAAUGAAUAAAUCCGCUCCCAUCAUAUUGUGCAAUAGGUGGACGCGCCACGGACACGUGGUGCCGUCGUCUCUUCGAUUGACUCCGUACGGUCUGGUCGAGAUUCAUCCCAUUUCGAAAUUAAGUAUGCAGACGUAUCGAUUUAUAGACAUCUCUGCCAUUUCGUUUCUUUCGGACGAUCAGACCGGAGUAAUUUUGCAUUUAAAGACUAGAAAGGCCCGGCUGUUUUGUUUUACCAACAAGUCACGAUCCGACAUUGUAAUGUGGAUGAGGCAAGCGGAAGAUCGAAUCGGCCUGGAGUUGCACAUGACCGACUCCUGUACGCUCCAAGAGUGGAAAGAUCGUAGGCGACAGGAGCAACGUCCGAAGAAGACUGUCCCCGUAGCAACGGAAUGGAUGGUGACAAAACAAUCUAGGCGUCACGACAUCAGUGUGGUUGGUGCGGCAUCGGGCAAAGGUUGGCCGGGCGGUGUCGUGAACCGGCGCUUGUGCAUUACGGGAACGGGCGAGGUCCUCGAAAAGGACGAAUCAGGUGCGAUCGUUUCGAUACGACAAUUGUCGGGAUUGUACGCAAUUGUUCGGCCAUCGGCGGCUGGUGAUACCAUCUGGUUGGAAUACGGCGAUGGUCACUCCAAAAAAUACUCGUCGAAAUCCAGAGAUUCCCUCCUCGUGUCGCUCUUGGAUGCCGCCACCACUCUCGGGAAGAACAGAAAGGUAGGUUCCAAUUCUUCGUCCAACAAAAAAACAUUUUGUCAGGUCGCGCUCUAGUCGCACAACAUUGAAAAACUCAAUCCUAAUGUUGUUGUUGUGGUCACAGGUUCAAGUGUCAGAUGUUCCAUCGGGAGGCUACUGUUUAGCGAGUUUUUCAACCAUGUCGACCCCUGAAAAGAGUGGGGGUAUAUUUCAACCGAUUUCGAUUCCCCUGCAUUGUCUGAAGCGGGUUCAUACAGUGGGUACCGCUGCCUUUUCUUACAUGAACUGUAGCACAGAAUCCUCUACAGAGGACGGUGUUCCCAUGAACCCCAUUAGUGAAUGUCGCAACGUAGUUGAGAUUUGUCGGGAAUUUAAUGCGAGCGUUUUGCCAACCGCAGAAGGCCUUCCGAGAGCAGAAAAUGACAAACAAGUCUUKGGAUCGAUUGGAUCAUUAUGGGGUUUGGUAGCMUGGCUCCUAGAAUCCAAAAAGGAUCGAAAUCUAGCCGAGCAAGCUGCUGGACCCAUACUUCAAACAUUGCAUCGUCUAUCCAAAACUCCUGCCGGCUAUAGGAGUUCGAUCGAACUUGCCACUUUUCUUGAUUGCAUACCACUACUAUUGACAAUUGACAAUGCGUUCUCGAAGUUCUGGGCCUUUCGUACAAUCACUGUUUUGCUUUCGGGUCUUCCGGGGAAGCUUCGUGACAAGGAAAUCGAGUAUGUGAACAAGUCGGUCAUCUUUAAUGCCGGCGGACCGCGGAUUGUUCACGAUAUGGUGCAGUCAAUACUUGACCAAGGUGGCUCGGACUUACUUCGAAUGGUGAUGAGUGACAUAUUGCAAUCUGUUUUGUGCUCUUGCGCAGAUACAACAAGUCCCGAGGUAUUUGCAAGCUUCAUGAAAGCGUUGGGAGAAAAUUAUUCGGCACUUUUGAAUACGCUGUAUCAACAAACCCCGUUUGUACUAGAAAACUCAGCACUUCUCUUGCAUCUUCUAAACACCCACGCUCCAACAGUCGCAGAUGCCAUUCGAGAAGCUUCCCUUGCGUCCGGUAUCCUUCUUCAUCAUUUUCACGCGGCAAUAUUUAGCCCAAUGGCCGGUCAGCGCUUCCUUUCCAGAUUUCUUUGUAGCCUCUGGUUAUCGGGACCCAUGAAUUGCGACGAAAAGAAGCUUUUGAAACGAAUGGUUCCGAGAGGCUUUAUCCCAUACCUCAAGAUGCCGCCCCUGAGUCGGGCAGAAGAAGAACAGCUUGAUGUUAUCGAACAAGAUGUCAUUGAAGAAAAUAUUCCUGAAGGCGCAGGGACCAGCGAUCAAAUGACGGGUGCUGCUGGUACAAAUACUGCUCGACUGCGUUCAAGAAUUGCUCUGGCCAGAGCGACCUCAAUUCAUGGCGUGCAGCAGAAGCAAACCCCUGAGAAUUUCAGGGUGUUUUUUCAUACAUUGACGCAAGACCAUAACCUACCAGAUUUGAUUUGGAAUCAGCAAACACGACGGGAGCUACGCAUAGGUUUGGAGAGUGAAAUUCAAUACAUUUACCGAGAAACAGAGGCUCGUGGCAUGGACAAAAUUGCCUGGAAUCACCAGCAAUACACAAUUGAUUAUCCUUCGUUGGAUACUGAGCUUAGUGUGGGCAGCGUUUACAUGAGGCUGUGGCUUGAAGCGGGUGACGGAUUUAUAAAGACAUGGGAUGAACCCCUUCGAUUGUUCGAAUUGCUAUUCCGGAGGCUACUGUGUGAACUUGAUCGCAACACGAAGGUAACCGUCAUGUGCGUGAGGUGUCUUGAAAGAUUGUAUGCCGUUCAUGGAGAAAAAAUUGGCGCAUUUCCAGACGUAAUGAUUUUGAUUCGAUCGAUGGCUUCUACUCGCAAUAUUGAGACGCAACACAGGCUUCUCGGUCUUCUUGCAACGAUUUUGGGAGUUCGACAAGAUGGCGAAGGAGAUGACGACUGCGUCAACGUCCCAGAAAAUGCUGAGCAAUUAUUGAAUGUUGAUAGUAUUGAACAGCUCUGCCAGUUUGUUGCAUGGGGUCACACGAAUGGUGUUCAGGUUGGAAACCUCAUGACCACUCUUUUAGAAGCUACACAACCUAAGUCUGUAUUGAUAACAGAUGGUAGUCAGACUCAACCGAGUGGUUACGCCCACGCAAUAUCCGGUAAGCCUUCGAUUUCUGUCCGUAAUGCGGGAUGCCCUCCUGUUUGGUUUGUUGCAACAACACACAGGAUUCCUCCUCCACCAGAAACUGUUCGAGGACCGUUUCAAGUUUCAGAAUUAAAGAAAAUGAUGGAAUCCGGAGAAAUUUCUCCAUUUACUCUUGUUACCUCCACUCAUGUCGAAAGCUAUGAGGAAGAAGAUGGAACAAGUAAUGCAGGUUCGAUUCAGAUUGAUACAGGUAAAUGGAAACGCUUGGAUGAAAUCUGGCAACUUCGCUGGCAGCUUUGUACCGAUGGAAACGAUACGGGAAUCUAUUCUCCAUCCGAGGUGGCGAAACGCGCCGUUCUCUCGUUGACUCGACUUGUUGAUCUUCAUCGUAGUCUGGACUCGCGUGGUCUUCCUUACUACCCAAUUCCAAUCGCAAAACGAAUCAUUUGUGGCUUGAGCAAAGAUCCAUUUUCAAGUACGAGUGGAGAGACGGUCGACAAGCGCGUAUCCUUUUUGUCUGUCAUAGCUCAGUCGAUAUUGUGUAAUGAUCCCGAUGUCGUCGACAGAGCGUCAAACCUUCUUUUCAACUUGACGCAAUACAAUGAAGAAGCAACAUCGAAACUAUACUUGACAGGUGUUUAUUUCUUCAUGGCAUGUUACACGGGAAGUAAUUUCCUAGCGCUGGCGAGAUUGAUUCAUUCUACGCACCUUGAUCAACACUUUCGAUCAGGGUAUGCUGCUGCUGCUAAGAAUGACGAGCUACCAAUUAAGGACCGAAGCGUGUUGGGUGGCUUGUUACCAGAUGGGGUUCUUUACAUUCUUAUGAACUAUGGAAUUGAACGAUUUAGUGAUGUUUUUGUUGGAUAUAGCGAUAACCCAGAAGUUAUCUGGGACUUGGAGAUGCGAAAACACUUGAUCGAAAUGGUUCGUCAACAUCUGGGUGAUUUCCCGAAACGUCUUUGGCAAAAUACUACAACGCAGUACGAAUACUGUCCAAUGCCUAGCGUUGCUUAUAAGCGGCUCAAGAAAGAGAUAUUUUGUCACAACUACUAUUUGAGGAACCUUUGUGAUGAGGUACGAUUCCCUGACUGGCCGAUAUCGGAACCUGUCGAAGUUUUCCGGUCCUGUCUCGAAGAAUUCAAGAAACAAAUGUAUCGCGAUGAAAGUGACGAGGAAGAGGCCCUGCAAGAAGCAACUAAGAUACUGAGUUUGAAGCCUGGAGACAGUAGCAAAGAGUUGCGCAAAUCGUACCGAAUGUUGGCUCGGAAAUAUCACCCUGAUAAGGUAUGUUAUUGUAUUAUGGUUUGGUUACAUCGAUUUGCUCCAUAAUUGAAGGUCUAACGCGCUAUUGUUUUCACCCAUCAGAAUCCUGCCGGUAGAGAAAUGUUCGAAGCAGUUCAGAAGGCAUAUGAAUUGCUACUUCCUAUCAUUGAGAGUGGACAAAAAUUGAAAAUAUUCCACGACCAGGGGGUCGGCGCCAACGAUUAUGGGAACGUGUCGUCAAAUUGCGCUGAGGGAUUUUCUGGCGGUAGAUCACAGAUGGAGACACUGCAACUUUUGAUCAAGACACAGGUACUGAUCUGUAGACGAUUCGAAGUAGAAAUUGGAAAAUACAAGUAUCCGGCGUAUCAGCUUCUUCUUUCGUGCUUAAAGUUGCCUGAUACUUGUAUCGAAGCGCGAAAAGUUGUUGACGAGGGAGCUGAAAUUUUUUCAUCAGCCUUGUUCAUGGAACAAAGAGCACUAUUCGUCAGAGAUUGUCUUGAUCUUCUCUUUCGAACAUGUCUUGUAUCUCCGUUAAAUGCCGAAGAGCUUGUCUCAGAGUUGGGAGUUCCUAUUCUUUAUUCCGUCUUCGACUUCUACUUGCAUGCAGGAGGCUUGCUCCAAAACAGAACUGGAGACAUUUCAGGGAAGGCAGGGGACGAUGUAGUGUACGAAAUUCUUUCCACUGUUGUACACACAAUCGCCGGUGUUGCAUUUUACGAGAGUGGACGUCGCGCAAUUGAAUCAUUACCUAAUCUUUCCGAAUUCUGCAUCAAUUGGAGGAGGUGCAUUGAUGGGAAAUAUCUUUCAAAACCAAAGAGAGUUAAUGAUUCAUCUCUAAAGAGAUUCGCUGUGGAGGGUAUUGCAAAUAUGGGAAGAUCAGCUAUACUUCAGAAAGUACUAGUAGGUUCAGGAAUUAUUUGGCCACUCGGUAAAUUCCUCCUCGGAUACGAUCCCACGUUGGACGAAUCGUCGGCCCCACGUGAUAGCAUCGAAGAUGAUAUAGGCGCAUCCCAAGCUUCAAACAAUACGUUGGCAAGACUUUCCGCAAGAGCACUUGGCAUGCUGUCGGGCUCUUUACAAGAUCCUAAGUUGGUGACACCCAAAUAUCCAGAACUCCAGGCAGCUUUGAACAUAAUGCUGACAAGUCCAAUUGCUCUUCUACUACGAAAUAAGCGUACGAGUGAGAUAUUGCGAAUUCUGAAUACAAAUCUAGAAUCACCUGCUAAGAUAUGGAACGUUGAGAUGAGAGGGGAACUGAUGGCAUUGCUGUCGUCAAUGGAGACCAAUAGACCUGAAGGCGAAGUGCAAAAUCUUGCUGAUGAGUUGAAUGCAUUAAAUGGAUUCAAGUACAGUUCGCUGAAAAACGAGUUACAAAUUGGUGGAAUAUAUGUUCGAGUCUUCAACAAAGUUGGAGUUGAUAAAGGAAAUCUUCGAGAUGUUGACGACCCGGAGUUCUUUGCGAAGGAAUUAAUAAAGUAUAUCGCAAGGUGUGUAAAUGACUUCGACGGUCUUCCACCCGACUGGAUUGAAUUGAAGUUGCCUACUACAAAGGCAGAGGAGGACAUUGUAUUGAGUGAUUCUCUCGAAACAGUACCUAUCACGGAUCGGCGAUUCAUCAUGGUAAUGUCUGCUCUAAGACUAAUGAUUAGGGCCGAAAGUGGCGUCGAAGAUACAAUCUAUGCGCCAUCAGUACUCCUUUCGCUUCUCGAACUACCGCAGGAUUCUGAGGUGAGAUAUUUUUUACAAUUGUGAAUCUCUUGACUUAAGAUUCGGAAGAGAUAAUUUGAUUUCUUACACUAUUCUCUUCAUUUUUUACAGGCAUUUGAGAUUGGUUGUGAUGUGCUCUCAAUUCUUACUUCCAGGCAAGGUUUUGUAAACACCGUUGCCAACGAAGGGGCGUUAUGGAGGCUACUAAGAAUUCUAGAGAGACCGGGAGUAUCUGAUGAUUCCUCGUCGUUAGAUUCAAGUACUAGGGAUGACAUGCUGAAGAAAGAGAGAGGAUGGAAUUUUCUCGAGACUCUGUCAUCCUCACCAUCAAUUUCACCGAAGAUUUUAGAAUCUUCUGCGUGGCUAGAGCUACUUGGUAUCUUGGUGGGAUAUUCGAAUUUUACGAAAGUCUGGAUUGCUCGGGUCGGUGCAGCAAAAAUAAUUUCUCGUCUUCUAUGGGAUCCGAAGACCGGUCAAACUUUAGGUAGGUCCGAAAGUGUCCACGAAAAUACUUUAGAUUCACAACUAACUCUCACAUCAUACCAAUGUUUUUCUCAACAUCAUUGGGAUAAAAGCAUCUUUGCUUGAGCAUUUCUUGCCGUCAAGUCUGAUUGUGAUUUUG